AUGCUGUCUCUUAAAGUGUCGCCGAGAUGGACCCGUCCCUGCUCCGUCCUGAUCGGAUGUCGUGGAGAAAGCCACCUCCGGUGCAAGACUGUUGUUGGUUGCCUGUGGCCUCCGUUCCCGCGAAACAUAUAUACCAACACGAACACUCACACUCCCCCGCAGUAUCAUCGCCAGAGACGCCAAGCGUCCCGCAUCGUCGUCACUGGACAUAACAAGACCAUGUUCAACCCACUCCAAGGCUGGAAAUCUGAACCAGCGCCCCGACACCAGGGCUAUUCGGCCUUUGUCAAUGGCCACUGGAGGAGCUUCGCCAGCCCAACCAAAAAUGUCGUGGAUGGUUCCAACACACCCACACGCUUUUCUGUAUGGUCCUGGAAUAUCGACUUCAAGUUGGACGUGCCCGUGGCUCGCAUGAGGGCUGCUCUCAACCAUGUCCGAUCAUUAGUGGCUUCUCAAGACGGGACUCCGUGCAUCGUCAUGUUCAACGAGAUGGUUGCAUCUGACCUGGAUGUGAUAGCGGACGACGAGUGGGUUAGGGAAAACUACAAUGUGACCGACCUGACUGGAGAGAACUGGGACUUCCACGACUUUCCUCCCGGAUUUGGCUAUGGAACAUGCAUUCUUGUGCCGAAGGUGCUCCCCAUCAAGGCCGUGUUCCGUGUCUACUACCCCAACUCGUCGAUGCAGCGUGAUGCCCUCUUUGUCGACAUUGCCAUCCCACGAGACAAAGUCCUUCGUGUAUGCAGCACCCACCUGGAAUCCCUGGUGGCCCGGCCACCGAAGCGGCCAGCGCAGCUUGCUACGGCGGCCAGGUUCUUGCACCAGGCACAUGUUGGCAUUCUCGCGGGAGACCUCAACGCCAUCGAGCGCUUCGACUGGACCCUCCACAAGGAAAACAGGCUCAAGGAUGCGUAUCUCGAGACUGGCGGCAAACAAGGAGACGAGGCUGGGGCGACAUGGGGAUUGAUGGGCCGCAGCAAUGACAGACAGCGGUAUGGAACGUCCAGAAUGGACAAGGUGCUCUUUUGCGGAAAGGCAGGGUUGCUUGAUUACGGCACUUUCGGGCUGGAUGUUGAAGUCGAAGAUGAGGCAGAUCGGCAGAAGUUAAAGCGCUCUUGGGGUCUGGCGAAAGCCUGGGUGACGGAUCAUUUGGGCGUUCGCGCAGAGUUCCAACUCGAAGAGGUUUAA